UUCGUGGUGAAUUAAAAUUUAGAUAGGUGAAUCAAACCACCAUUCAAUCUGAGGUCUCAAAUAUCUCAGAUCCAUACGGUGACUUCAAGUUCUUUUGAUUACGGCAUUGUAUUUGUUUCUUACAGCUUUCUACUGAAAGGCCAUAAUGAGCAUUGAAUCGGUCCCUCCAAUCUUGCCCAACGGAACCAAUAUAGACCCUACGAAAUCUUCUGAAAAGAUGAAAGAAAAGGUCCAUUCAGCGCCCGAAGAGUGCGAACCGGGUCUCGGCCAGAUACAAGACUCGAAAUCUCGGGGAAGCACGCGACGCGGACUGAAAUCUCGACAUGCACAGAUGAUCGCAUUAGGAGGUACCAUUGGUACAGGAUUAUUUGUUGGGACCGGACAAGCCCUUUCAGUUGGAGGACCCGGGUUCCUCUUUCUUGCAUAUUGUCUUAACACAAUAUUCGUCUAUGGCAUUGUGACAGCGACAACAGAGAUCAGUGCAUAUAUGCCGACUGAUGGAAGUACGAUGGCGUCAUAUGCCACUCGUUACGUCUCUCCCAGUCUUGGAUUCGCCAUGGGAUGGCUUUACUGGUAUUCUUUCGCUAUUAUUGUUCCCUACGAGAUCACUGCCGCCGGAUUGGUUUUUAACUAUUGGUCAGAUGAUAUAAAUAUUGCCGUGUGGAUCACUGUCCUUCUUUUCGUCAUCAUUGGCCUAAACUUCUUUCCUGUAAAGGUGUAUGGAGAGACCGAGUUUUGGUUCGCUUCUCUGAAGGUAUUCAUGAUAGUUGGCCUUUUGAUCCUUUCUUUCAUUCUUUUCUGGGGCGGCGGCCCAUCGCAUCGGCGACUUGGAUUUCAUUACUGGAAAGAUCCAGGGGCCACUAAAGAGUACCUAAUCGACCGGGCCGGGGGAAGGUUUUGUGCUCUUCUAUAUGUGCUGGUCUUCUCUGCUUUCUCCUUUAGCUUCGCGCCGGAAUUACUUGUAAUUACGGGAGGUGAAAUGGAAUCGCCACGACGAAAUUUGCCAAACGCAGCUAAAAGAUACUUCUACCGACUUCUUAUUUUCUACAUCGGUGGAACCCUUGCAAUAGGGGUCAUCGUGAGUAGUAAUGCGCCAGGCUUGAUUGGCGGCGGGGCCGGUGCAUCAUCAUCACCCUGGGUAAUAGCAAUCAAAGAAGCCGGCAUCUCAGGCUUAGAUAGUGUCAUAAAUGCGGUGAUCAUCGCAUCUGCAUGGUCUUCGGGCAAUUCUUUCCUUUAUAUGUCAAGUAGAUCUCUGUAUUCACUUGCGCUUUAUAAAAAUGCACCAGGGGUUUUCAAGACAUGCAAUAGAUGGGGUGUACCAUAUCCUGCACUCAUUGCAAGCUCAUUGCUAUCACUCCUGGCCUAUCUCAACUGCGCUAGGAGUGGAGUACAGGUUUUCAACUGGUUCAUUAAUCUCACCAACACAUCUGGAUUUAUUUCCUGGAUUUGUUGCUGUAUAGUCUUUAUUCGCUUUCGCCAGGCAUGCGCUGUACAUGAAAUCACGGAUCUACCAUACAAAUCGCGUUUCCAGCCUUAUCUGGCUUACGUCUCGAUCUGUGCUUUCACGAUUCUCCUCCUUUGCAACGGAUUCAGCGUCUUCUUCCAUAGAAAAUGGAACAUAUCGUCAUUUCUCACUGCUUAUAUUGGGCUUCCUGUUUUCCUAGUCAUCUACAUGGGCCAUCGCAUUUACUACUGGUCAGACGAGUGGAUGUUGCGUCCGGCUAACGUUGACAUGACGACUGGUUUAGAAGAAGUCUUGGCUACAGAGACUGCCACUCUUGUUAGAACAGAUCGAUGGUACCACAAUCUGGGCAAAAUCUGGGAGUAAUGUUUCACUCAAUGGAGUCGCGGUUUUAGCUUCCACGCAAAUAAGUUUGUAUAUUUAUUUUCGGCUGGCCUGCAUCUUGUUGCUAGCAUAAUGGAAAUGUUCGCUUAAUUUGUAAUGAAUAAAGCCAAGUCCAAGUACAUACAUUGAGGAACUGCAUGUGCAUUUAAGAGUAAACUUGGGCUCUAUCAGAAAGUAUAAUAUUGGAAGCUUGAUGAUUAUCGCGCGACAUCCAAACAAGUGCAAGAGACAGAUGAAGGUAGAAUUA